UUUAAGCCCAUGUAUUUUCUAUUGUCGUUCGUGGGCCUAUUCCCUUAUUCGAUCCAGUUUCCCCGCGAGAAUCGAAGUAUUUUUCGAUUGGAGUUAUUUUAUGUGAAGGCAUUACGAAUAAAACAAGAUAUCAAUAAAGCAUUUCAAACACCUCUGGCGCUAAUAAUCAGCAUUUGUUUCCAUACAGUUUUAAGAGAAUCACAUAAUUUGUACCAUGGAUUGGUAAACAAAAUCGGUAAAGUUCUGAAGAACUUUACCGAUUUUCCAACGAACGAUAUCCCAACAAAGAACAAAGAAAGACUGUGUCUGGAGGUAAAUAAGUUUAAAUAUAAAUAG